UUUUUUUUUUGGGUCGCGCGGUCGGCGCUAACGGCCCUUCAGAUCCUGCCUGGCAACACAAACCGGUAUCAGAUAUAGCGAAGAAGGUCAUAUGGCGUCUCGAACAAGAGAGAUAUGCCCUCACCGAAGGCAAACUUUACCACUUGGGAGAACAGCUACCUGAUUAUUAUGGAGGCGAUCCACGGACAAUCGGCUACAAGAAACUCGAAGAACUUCGCGGCGAAGCGGCGAAAUGCUUCUUCGGAACCGAUAUGUUCUUUGUCAAGGAGACCGACUUUCUCCCUAUCGUCCCUACCAUACCUCACCUUCGCGAUAUCAAGUUAUCCAUCUGCUACUGCGAACUUCCAGAGCACGAGUCUUCCCUCGCAACGUGGAGUACUCCGGCAAAAUGGAAGCAGGAUCCCGAUGCGGAGAGCCGCGGACCGUUUGCGCCACGGUACAAGUAUUACGUGAACGGGCAACUAGUGGGCGAGGACAGACCCAGGCAGUAUCAGCCCAGCAAAAGCCCGUUUCCCGAGCACAGGGUGCCGCGAAGAGGCGGACUGGUCGCAGUGACGCCAGACGAGCCCGAUUACGCGCGCCUCUGCGUCGAGCAGGGACUCGCUCACCUGCUUACCGACCAGCAAAAGCAGUCCGUACUGGAGGGCGCCCACCUAACGCCGAGAAGCAUGACGUCGAACGAACCACCCGACUAUACCGGGGAGAAUUUGUCGCCGUCGACGGAAUCGCCGAGUACGACGCAGGUCAACGGCAUCAAGAGCGGCGACGGAUCUCCGGAAAGGCUGCCCGUCAACGGGAUCAACGGGGACGAUUCGGGAGGACAUUGAAUCACCCUCUCGCCCCCUUCGCUAUCGUGGCGGCUGCCCUCGCCACGGCAGGAUUCUAAGGCACCGACUCGCCCGAUGCUGGCUUUUUUUCUCCGCGCCCAGGCGGUUCUCGUUGUGAUGGUGGCGGAUUCUCCUAUGUUUUGUCGGGGCUGACGAACAGGGCAUUUUUCCUCAAACGGACGGUCGUCCGCGUAUACCACAAUGUACGUAGCUUCACGGAUGGAGUUCCCGGCUCUGGAAUUGGCACGAGCGCUUUCUACGAUUACCCAGCUGUACUCGCUUUUGGAUGCCGGUUCAAGACAUUUGCUCUCCGGCCUGCUGUCAGCGUAUAU